UAAGCAAACAACAUUUCGUUUGAGAUGGAGCAAUUUGGAUGAGUAUAUCUAAUGGAUCAAACUGAUACAAUUGUCUCAUUUUGAGACAGAGACAAUUGUGUCAAAUUGACUCAUUUGGUCGCGGAAAAUUUGAAAGGAGUAAUUUGGCCUAAGGAAUUUUGAAUUGGCUCGUUUUGAGGCAAUUACAAUUGUCUGGGGUGGACUAGAGGCAAGUAAUUUAAAUUGAUUUAUUUUAAAUGACUCAUUUUGCAAUUGAUCCAUCCAAACAACACCAAGAAGAAGUGCCGGAUGAACUAGUGCCGGUGAUUAUUUCAAGAGUAAGGACUUUGAACGAAGUGGCAGCAGCCUCCUGUCUAAGCGUUGGAGGAACAUAUGGCGAUCGAUCGGCGGCGGGGUUUUGGAUUUCGACAAGUCCGAUGAGCUACGACCGCAGGGGCAAGGGUUGCACAUCAUCGGAGCCACAUUUGAAGAGCAGCGCCGAUUCACAAUUCGGGUCGACCAAGCCCUGAGUUGUCAUGUUCAUCAAGACUUGGACGCCCUGAAAAUAGGGUUCCACUUGGUUAGAAUGGAAAAAAGAAAUGUGUAGGUGGAUAGAAUUCGGGCUGUCCAAGAGAGUGAAAGAACUGUCCCUAUUGUCCUACUACACUUUCCAUCAUCCAGAUCGUGUCCAUCUUCGUUUCUUCACCCCCUGAAUUGCUCGCCAAGCACGACCUCAGCCGCCUCGAGGUUUUGGAGUUCUGUAACCUCUCCGAAAUUUCUCAUGAAGCGGUCAAUCACGUCCUCUCCAACUGUUUUUCUCUGCGACACCUCGCCUUGCGCAGUUGCCAUUUCCAGCAACAACCUCCAGUGUUUGGAUUUCAGUGAAGCUGCCUACUCGACUGUGAGGAUUGAGCUAAUCUCUGCCCCUCGUCUUCAUACGUUCAAGCUUACAGGAUACCAUGGUGCGGAUUCGUGGGUCGAAUAUGGGGAUGACCUUCCUCGACUUCAAGAGGCUGUGGUUUCUUGUAGAGACUACCUAUUUCCAUGGCCUGCCCAUCACAUCCGCAAGUUGGCACCCCAUUUACAACGCCUCGGGCUUGAAAUCAUGAGUAGCGACUUCAUUCGUCGUCUUCCUUGUAAGUCCAGCUGGCUGCAGUUCGAAAAGCUUAGAGUGCUGGAUUUGGUCAUAGAUAUAGGUGAGGCUCUUCCAAGUUUCUUGGAAUGCACUGUCCUGCUAAGGGCAGCACCAAUGUUGCGUGAACUAUCCGUAUGGUUCCAAAAUGUAUCCGAUGAUUCAAGAAUAUGGGAGAGACGAGACUUGGUUGCAGAGUCUUCGACGUGGAAGCAUCGCUCUCUGGAGGUGCUUCAGCUGCACGGGGUGCAUCCUCAUGGAAUUGCUGUCGAUUUUCGCAAUCGCCAACUGGAACUUGCUGCUUACAUAAUCAUGAAUGCACCAUCAUUGAAUCAAAUCGUGAUCAAUACUCGUCGUCGAGACCCACUCCAUGGUUCUCUUGGCAGAGUCAUGAUGUCCGAUCCAAUCGAUGCUCGUAUGUGUGAAGCCAAAAUGGAGUUGGAAACCCAACUUCAAGGCCGCUCUGCUAGCCCCCAUAUCAACUUCACUUAUCAGUGACAACAACUGCAACAAUACGAAGAACGACAACCUUUCAUCAUGGUAAAUGACACAAACUUCAUGCUCACUUUUAUGUUGAAGCUCAGAUUUCACGACUCUUGGAUGAACUUACUAUGCAUUGGCUAGAACCCUUCUCUUAUUUGAUCGUGAUGACGCAGCUAAUGAAGGCUUGUUGCUGAAGCUGGUGAUGGGAAUGAUGAUGAUGUUGGUGGCUUCUUUGGCUUGGAUUUGAUGAACCCGCAAUUUUAGAGAUUGUUUACUUUUCGUUUCAGCUUUCAAUCAUAAACUGAGUUGUUUUGUAUUUCAAUCUUUGAGUAAUGUUGCUACUAAAGACUUUUUUUGGUGAAAUUGCUACCAAGUCUCUAGUGGUUGAACUUUGAUACUUCUGUGUUGAACUUUGAUAUUCCUAUUCUUGAUUAUGAAAGCACUGUAGUUCAGGACUUGAUUACGGCUGACAGUUUGAUUUCAAAAUUUCGGUUCAAACCGAAUCGAACAGAUAAUGCGCUCGUAUUGGUUUCAAACCAAAGCGCUCAAAGGCUGGAAAAGCAACUAACUCCAAAUCUCCCAGAAUCUCCAGAAUAAAGCAUCUAACUUCCACAAAAUAAAGGCUCUCCAACUAAAUUCACAAGAAGUUCCCAGGUAGCAACACUUAUUUAAUCCAGGGCAAGACUUAACAAGUUUAAACCAAAAAGAAAAUUUCAGUUAGUUGGAGACAAUGCAAAAGAGCAGGACAUUGAUGAAGUUACCGUCAACUAACUGGCUCCGCACAAGGAAAUCGAACUUUCUGCAAGUCAUGAUGAUGUUUCAGCAGAAGAUACAUCAGCACCGGGAUUUUGAGCUUCCAGUAGCUUAGCAAGGCGCUCAGCAUGUUCUCUCUCACACUGACUGAUGCCCAUUAUUAUAUCAAGCAUUGUUCCCGUCGUGCCAAAGAACACCAGUGGGGCUAACGAUUUCCGCUUUAUCCCCACAGGAAUUGCUAGCAGAGCGCCUCCUACUGAAAAGAACCACGUUCCCAUUGCACUGCACAUAUUGAACAUUUAGCUCCUUCGUCACAGUUCUAUCUUCAUAUAAUAGUGAAACUAUGUAUAAACUUAUGAAUGGAAUGGUCAUAGAUGAAGCAGAAAGCACAUAUAGAAACAGCACUGGUGUGUGCACUCUGUCACAUUCACCCAUAGAAAGCAAUGGAACUAUCAGUUCACAGAUAUAGCCAUUGGGGAACUGAGGCUAGUGUCAAAUGUGUACAAGAAACCAGAAGUCAGGCA